UCGAGCAAUGGUGAAGAGAGGGGAUAGCUCAAAGAAGGGAAAUAUGGAGAGAGGUGAAAAUAGUUUAGAUGUGAAGGACGAAAGUGACGAUGAGAUGGACGAAAGUGACGAAGGUACCCUUGAAAUAUCCAGCUUCUAUGAUGGUGGCAUCUAUGAUAGGAAUUCACCGGAAACAAUGUCUACUCUGUCGAUUAUUGAGAAUUCCGGCCGGAGAAGGGUGAAAUGUCCGGGUAGCAUGCGCACCAUUCAUGACAACACUUCCCCUGGCUACGGCUGGCUUCUUCCUGGCUGGCUUGCUGAGGAAAGGAUCAUGCCAAGUGGUAGGAUUUACAGGUUCUACUAUGAUCCUUCAGGGUGUUUCUACUAUACCUUGAAUGAAGCUCUCGACAAACUGAAAGAAUUAGGGUUCAUCGUUAUUUCAUAAAUGAUCGAGUGCAAGAAAGGCCUAUUAUGCAUUCUGAAGUUUAUGAUUUGGAUCCAGGAAGAAGAAUCCAUAUUUGCAGUAUUUCAAAUAUUUCAGUAGUGUAAUUUGCUUUUCAGAAUAAUUAAAGACUUUAAUGUUGUCUUUAUGGACAAAAAUAUAUCAGCUUGUGUUUCUAGUGUUUGCAUCUAUAUAAAUGGUUUAUGUUUUAUGCUUC